AGCAAAAAACCACACCAACAGGGCCACUAUUAUGCCGUCUGUAAACGACAACUAAAGAAAUCGCAGUAGAAAACAAACAGCGAAGAAGAAGAAGAAGAAGAAUUUCGAUCGAGAGAAAUGGCAGGGAGAUUAAGCAAUGUGGCGUCCAAGAUCAUGGGCGGAAACGGCGUCGUUUGCCGCUCCGUCGCCUCCUCUCUCCGCCUCCGCUCCGGCAUGGGCCUCCCAGUCGGCAAGCACAUCGUCCCCGAAAAGCCCCUUCCUGUGAACGACGAAUUGGUUUGGGACAACGGAACCCCAUUUCCCGAGCCCUGUAUAGAUCGUAUUGCCGAUACUGUUGGUAAGUAUGAAGCAUUGGCUUGGCUAUGUGGAGGUUUGGGCUUUUUCGCGUCCUUGGGAUUGUUGGCUGUUUGGAAUGACAAAGCCUCCAAGAUUCCUUUUACACCCAAAGUUUAUCCCUAUGACAAUCUACGAGUGGAGCUUGGUGGAGAACCAUAGGUAGAUCUGGGAGUGGCUAGUUGCUGGUUACUUAUGUUUAAGAUUGUCUUUGGUUUUUGUAUGUUUUCGGAGUUUGGAAUGGUUCAAAAUAAGGGAUCAUGGUUACCUUAUGUGUAAACUUAAAUAAUAGAUCAUUUUCGCCUUUUUCUGAA